AAAGUCAAAAUUUUGAUGCGGCUGAUUCCAAAUAAUCAACUUACUAUUCAGUAAUAUUCAUUAAUGCGCAAAUCAUUUACUUGAAAACGGUCGUGAUAGCAAGAGCUAAGAGUAAAUGGAGCAUUUAUUUCCUAUUAGACAUUACCUCGAUUCUUCCAUUUUCAAAGAAAAUUCCCUAUUUAGCUGAUUCUUCUCUUUCAAACACUGAGAAGGGCCAGAACACAAGGCUUCUAUCUGUAUCUGCAGUUGAGAGAUUUCGCAUACUCAAAGUUCUCAGCCUUCAAACACUUCAAAGUUUUGAGCAAUAUGCCGCCAAAGGAGAAACCAAAAGCAGACUUCUCCCUCAAGGAGACAACACCUGAUAUUGGCAGAGCAGGCAAUGAUAAGCUGACACUUGUAGAACAACGACAGUUUUUGUACAUCAGAAUUGUGAGAGCAAAGGAUCUGCUUCCUGGAAAUAACCCUUUUGUUGAGCUGAGGAUUGGAAAGCAUAAAGGAACAACAUCACAUGUUGACAACACUGCCAAUCCCGAAUGGAACCAAGUUUUUGCUUUCACAAAGGAUGGGCUUCAAAGCAGGGUUGUUGAAAUCUUGGUCAGAGAUAAAGAAUUUGUGAAUGAUGAGCUUAUAGGUUGCAUUUCAUUUGAUAUAGCAGACAUUCCCACACGCCUUCCCCCGGAUAGUCCAUUAGCACCACAGUGGUACAGAUUAGAGGAUGGCAAUGGGGUGAAGAUUGUGGGAGAAUUGAUGUUGGCUGUUUGGAUAGGGAAUCAAGCGGAUGAUGCAUUUUCUACUGCUUGGCAUUCUGAUGCUGCAACUGUUGGUUGUGAAAGUGUAUCCAACACGCGUUCUAAGAUAUAUCUUUCCCCACGACUCUGGUAUCUUAGAAUCAAUGUGAUUGGAGCACAAGAUUUGGUGCCUUCUGAUAAGAAUAGGAAACCUGAAGUUUACGUGAAGGCUAUUCUUGGGAACGUAGCUUUGAGGAGUAGAGUUUCAUCAGAUAAGAGUGUCAAUCCUAGUUGGAAUGAGGAGUUGAUAUUUGUUGCAGCAGAGCCAUUUGAUGAUCCUUUGAUUUUGAGCGUGCAAUGUAAGAUAGGAGGUAAUAAUAAAGAGGAAUGCCUAGGAAGGUGUGUGAUUAAUCUGCAGAACGUGGAUAAGAGGCUAAUGCCUCCACCUAUUGCUGAUAAGUGGAUCAAUCUUGAAAGGCAUAGUAAUGUCCGUGAUAGAGAUGAUGAAGAUGAUAAGAAGGAUGUGAAAUAUGCAAGCAGAAUUCACUUAAGGGUGUUUUUGGAUGGUUUGUAUCAUGUUUUUGAUGAACCUACAUACUACUGCAGUGAUCUAAGGGCAACAUCACCAAAACUAUGGCCAGAUAAAAUAGGGAUAUUGGAGCUGGGGAUCUUGAAAGCUGAAGGGUUGCUUCCUAUGAAAUCCAAGGAUGGGCGUGGAACCACAGAUGCUUAUUGUGUAGCCAAAUACGGCCACAAGUGGGUCCGGACGACAACUAUUGUUGACAGUUUGGCUCCAAAAUGGAAUGAGCAAUACUAUUGGGAUGUUUAUGAUCCCUGUACAGUUAUUACAAUUGGAGUUUUUGAUAACUGUCAUUUAACAGCAGGGGACAAGAAGACAAAAGAUCCAAGAAUUGGCAAAGUAAGGAUUCGGCUAUCUACUAUUGAAACUGAUAGGAUUUACACACAUUCGUACCCGCUUAUAAUCCUGCAGCCUAAUGGGUUGAAGAAGAUGGGGGAACUUCAUUUGGCAGUGAAAUUUAGGUGUAUGUCUUUGGCUAAUCUGUUGCAUACAUACACACAGCCUUUGCUUCCAAGAAUGCAUUACAUGAACCCGCUAUCUGUCUACCAGCUCGAUAGUUUAAGGCACCAAGCUACUUAUCUAGUCUGUCUAAGGCUUGGACGUGCGGAUCCACCUCUAAGGAAUGAGGUUGUGGAGUAUAUGCUGGAUACAGGAGCUAACACGUGGAGCCUUAGAAGAGGAAAAGCAAACUGUGAGAGAGUUAUGGCAUGCUUGAGUGGCAUUUUUGGAGUUUUGAAAUGGUUUGAUAGCAUAUGCCAAUGGAAGAAUCCAAUGGCAACAAUUACGACUUAUGUUAUUUUUCUUGUUAUGGUUCUGUCUCCGCGACUAAUACUGCCUGCAUUAUUUUUUAGUGUUUUUAUGAUUGGAGUUUGGAGCUACCCAAAGAGAUCUAGACAUCCUCCACACAUGGAUACAAAACUCUCUCAUGCUGAAACUGCAGAUCCUGAUGAAUUAGACGAAGAGAUGGAUACAUUUCCAACGUCGAAGCAAGGUCAGGUUCUAAAGGCAAGGUAUGAUAGACUGAGAAGUAUAGCAGGGAGGUUGAUGAUAAUGAUAGGCGACUUGGCAACUCAGAUGGAGAGGGUGCAUUCACUGGUGAGCUGGAGGGAUCCCAGAGCUACUUUUAUGUUUAUGGUAUUGUGUGUGAUAAGUGGGUGUGCGGUUUAUUUGUGUCCUUUCAGGUAUUUGGUUAUUGGUAUGGCAUUUUAUGUGAUGAGGCAUCCAAAGAUGCGUGCGCCUCUUCCUUCCCUGCCUCAAAACUUCCUUAGGAGGCUUCCUGCCAAAACGGACACCAUCUUGUAAUUGUGUUCUUCAUCUUAUUCUGACUGAAAUAAAGCCCAUCAUUUUUGUUU